AUGCUAGGAACGCCCAUAGCUGACGAUCGCAAAAGCGGUAAAGUCUCCUACCCAGAUCUGAAAAACCCAGGUGGCGAUUUUGAAGAAGGUGAGCGAACCACGAGACGCCUUUUCUCUGCUGACCAGUCAUCAGGGGCAGGAGGUGGCCGUCGGUGCCUUGUAGAGCUAAAGGACGGUGCCCGAUGUCAAGAGAGGGUCAAAGGGCGUGGUGCAUGCCGCGAUCCUGAUCAUCAGGCUCAGCGUGAAGGCAGAUGUACCGCACUCAAAUCAGACGGAACACCGUGCAAUAAGUUCCCGACACCAGGUUUUGUAACGUGCAAGUUCAACGGCCAUCGCGAGCAAGACCCUGCCGUCAUGGCGAAAAAGCCCGAAGCUCAGAUCCGUCCUGAAGCUGGCGCUUCAAUCGGAAAUCAUACCCCGGACCCGGCGCCUUCGUCAUCAGGUCCCCUGGAAGCUGGGGAGCGAAGCGUGCAAGAAGCCAACAAAAAGUCCUCAGAGUCACGUCAGGCAGGCUCUCAGACCAAAGGUAUCAAGCCAUCUCAUACAGCCCCUCAAGUCUCGGAAUCGCAACCCAAGUCCACUUCAAUACAAAGAACAAAGUCGGACCCGCAAACCCCCCUCGACAAACUCCGAGUCGUGGUCAAACAAGCCAGAAGAAAACAAGAUCUUGUAGAGCGGGGCAUAAUCCUAAAAACAGAAUCGAUCGGCGGCGGGCUCACACCCUCUGAAAAGACCUAUCAAGACCCCGGACAUCGUAUGGGAGCAGUUCCGGUACCAGAGCUGAGCGCAGACUUGACAGCGCUAAAGUUGGAAGUGCAUGAUCUGGCUGAAAAGCAAACUGCCACAGUGAAGGACCUGAGUGAGAUCAAGUCUAAGGUGGAAAAGAACGGGACAGCAGACCUGACAGAGAUAAAGUUGAGACUCCAUAGUCUGGGGCAAGAACAGACUACCACUUCACAGGAGCUGAGCAAGUUGAAAUCCGAGGUUGAAAGUAGUGAGGGGUAUUUCACGUACCAGGCGGAAAGAGAUGGGAAGUCUUUUGAUGUAGAACCCGACCGUCGAUUAAAGCUUGCAGACGAGGGAGUCAAAGCUGAGAAGAGGACGGACAUGCGUGAAUAUCGGGAAUUCCAGGAAGAAACCAAGCAAUCUUUGAGCCGAUUAACUACGCAGUUAGCAGAAGUCAAAAUGCAAGCCGCCACCCUCGACUCGAAGUGUGAGAACGCUAGUAUUGGGAAGUCGAAGUAUGUGAAGCAGCUGGAGGAUCACAUCUCCAAGUUCAGGCACCUUCCACAGGAAUUCGAAAAUUGUCGAAAAUUCGCAGACGAGAAUUUUGAGUAUAUGAUUCGUCGAUUCCAAAAGCUCGAAGUCAUUCCGGAGCCUCUUACCAAGGCCGAUUUGUUCACCUUAAGGCAUGAGGGAGCUUCGAGAAUCGAUUUCGAGGAACUGGAUACUCGAGUCCAACAGCUCGAAACCGCUCGAGAAUCAGAGCCUUCCAAUGGCGAGAUGGUCAAUUGGACACUCUCGGAGAUGCGGGAGAAAGCCUCAAUUGUGGCCGACAGUCCUACGACGGUAGGGAUGUCCGAAGGUUUGGUCCCGACGAAUUUCCAGCUUCAAGACCUUCAAUCUCAACUAGCAUCUCAAGCGAGUGAAACAAGGAAGGCUAAUCAGGUUCUCUUAACCCAGCAAGCUGACAUAGUCAAGUUGAGAGGCAACCUAAGAGAGCUUGCCGUACGUUAUACUGGCAAUAAGAAGUCUGUGAGCGGGGACUUGCAGGACCUACGCCGGAUGGGAAAUGAUCAAGCGACUCGAUUGUUUUCUAUCCAGAACAAUUCUCAAGCGUUCGCAAACAACACGAUAAGACAGCUCACGUCAUUACAAGACGCUGUCAGUGCCCUGCAAGGCUUGCUUCCUACGCAGGCUCCUUUCCCUGAUAUGCACAUCCACAGUCAAGGGUCUGGCCCACAAGCGCUGCACGGUGGCGGCGAGAGGCCAUCGGGACACCAGACGGGACUCAAUCGCAGCACCGAAAGUUUAGACUCCGAAGGGAGACUGGAACAGUCAUCAGAGGUGCAGAAACAGCGUGAACGCGUCAAAAACAUGCAGAGAGCACUUUCGGUCAAAUACGGCAAUGUAGAUCGUCCGAAUGAAGACUUUCAAGAGCACGCCGGAUAG